UUGCUACAUUAUUCAGGCCGAUGCACAAGUGGGAACUAUAUUGUUUCUUCAUAAACUAUGCGGAACCUAUUUACUGGGACACGUGGCUCCGUGGAUUAGAUGAUUUCUUGACUUGGUGUCUGGUCUACUUCGAGUUGAGGCAAGCAAAGUGUGAGAUGGCAGUGCCAGCGGCCGGGGGUGUCGACCUCAGUCGGAAAUUUGUGUCAGAGACCGAGAUCGAGGAGAAAAGGAAGCAAAGACAGGAAGAAUGGGAAAAAGUUAGGCAGCCAGAGGACCCAGAGAAGGCUCCCGAGGAAGAGUAUGAUGGGCGUUCACUGUUUGAGCGGCUACAGGAGCAGAAGGACAAGAAGCAAGAGGAAUACGAUGAGCAGUUUAAAUUCAAGAACAUGGUCAAAGGCCUGGAUGAGGAUGAGUCUCACUUCUUGGAUGAGGUCUCCAGGCAACAGAGCCUGGUGGAAAAGCAACGCAGAGACGAGGAGCUGCAUGAACUAAAAGAAUACAGAAGUGCUCUGAAAAAACUGGCAUCUAGUGAGAUUCGGAAGGAGCCCGAGAGGAGGGCGGGUCCUAAACCAGCAGAGGUCAAGACUAGUCACCUGUCCCAGGCACACCUGUUGGCUGGGGCGUUCAAGCGACGCAGCUCUUCACAGUCCUCAGACAAUAGCAAGAAACAGAAGGUUGAGGAGUCUGCAGCAGGGAAUGGGGGCCGGACAGAGCAGGAGGCGGGCAGAGGUGUGGUUGAGCAGGGCUCCACAGUAAAGACCGGUGUUCUCCACCUUCCAUCGGCCGCCGUGUGUGUGGGCAUUCUGCCGGGCAUGGGAGCCUACUCCGGCAGCAGCGACUCGGAGUCCAGCAGCGACAGCGAAGUUUAAAUCCCUGGCAGCCUAACCUGAUGACAUCCCCCUGUGGCUGCAGCUCUGCUAUUGGCCAAGGAAACAGUGACUGACAGCUGUGGAUCAAGGACAAGACUGCUAGACUGUCACGUCACAUUCAUACCUUAGACAACAUCAAGAAAGCGAGCCAGAGCUUAGUCUCACACGCAAUGUAUAUGGAAAUGCUUUUCCUUUUAGUUUUUUUUGUUUGUGUCAGUGCGAAUAAUGCUGGAUUUUAAUGGAUUUCUUUCUCUCCAUGAAAAUGUGGCUUUCAUCAUGGGAUGAUCAAGGCUUGGGUAGAAGAAAAUAAAACGUUUUUCUGUUUUCUUUGUUUAUUUGGUGUAAAGAGUCAGCCUGGUCUCCUAGACAUAGUAACAUAGUAAACUAAAAUCUGCGACACUCAAAUUAGUAUAUGUUACAUUUGAUGUGGUUAAAUAAGACAAACUAAAGGAGGGUGGAUGAGUGGGUGUAUAAUGUCAAUGUCUAGCAACCCAAAGGUUGCCUGUUCGAAUCUCAUCACGGACAACUUGAGCAUUUUAGGUAAUUUACAACUACUUUUUUUCUAAUUCCUAACCUUAACCCCUACCCUAGCUGAUGUUAGCCACCUAGCUAACAUUAACCACAUCAAAUUGGAAUUUGUAACAUUGUACAAAUUGCAAUUCGAAACCUAUCACAGAUUGUAAUUCGGAACAUAUCAUACGAGAUGGAUGAUGGAUAUCCACAAAUGAAUACAUACCUAACAUACUAAUUUGAGUGUCCCGGAUGUUUGUUUACUAUGUUACGUCUACCCCUGAGUACAGGUUGAAAGAGUUGGUGUAUGUGAGUGCAUGAAUGAAGAUAACUGGAACGAAAUACAGUUUGAGUAAAUUGGAAUUGA